GUCAAUGCCUCUAAUUGUAAAUUGCACACAUAGCCGCGCAGUUGGCUGUGGUCACAUCUCAGUCAGAGAGGAGACUCUGAAGGGAACACUUUCUGUUGGAAAGCUUGGGGAGCAGAUAGAGAAUGGCUGUAACUGGGGAUGAGACAGAAACAGGCUCCACAGGUGACUUCACUGCCUGCCAGAUGCACAUACCCAGCUCCAACCUCCCGUACGGGGGGGCAGGGGCCAGCGCUCAUGGCUCCAAGAGCUCAGGAGAGGACACUGUAAAAAAGAGGGAGUACCGCUUGAUGAAGAACAGGUUACACAGUCCUUUCAAAGACACAUUCAGGAGACUAUUGCCAACAUGUUCUAUCCUUUUGUUAAUGGAGGCCGCCCGGCAGUGUCGGCGAAAGAAGAAGGAAUACGUCAAAUGCCUCGAAAAUCGCGUGGCCGUGCUGGAAAAUCAAAACAAGACUCUGAUUGAGGAGCUCCGAGCUUUGAAAGACAUCUAUCGACACAAAAUCCAGUGAAUCCUCAGAGCGGCGGAGGAGCCUCGAUUGCGUGGAGCUGUGUUGUCUGUCUCUGCGGGAUGUCUUGAGGGACUCUGGUUUUUGCUCAUGUACAAACACUCACAUGAACAUGGCCUCGCACAAACCUCUUCUUGUCUUUUGCUGUUAAAUAUGUUUACAUGAUGAUGUCGAUGUCUCUGGCUCCGAUUCGCCUGCGCGCCACAACCAGCAACAACAAGAACUCUGUUCCAGGUCAGGGUCAUUGUCAGUGAGCUUGUGUCCCUUUGCACAGGGAGGCUGUCGGAGCAGGCAGGAGGACAAUGAGGGAAUAUAUGGACCGCCUGCCUUACUGAGAGAAACUGAAGUCGCAGCACUGGUCUGUCACUUACACCUAUGCCGUAAACCCCUCUACACUUUCCAUUCCUUUAGGAUUAGUUUCCAAAUUUGGCUUUUUAUGAUCUUCUCUUUCAGCCGAUCAUUUUUGUGAUGUGUAUUUUGCUAUGACCAAAUGUUCAAGGAGGACCUGAUCACAUGUUCUAGCUGUGUUUUCAGCCCAUUUCUGUUAUCCUACUGCAAGCACAGGAGUCAACACCUACCUAUCCACCAUAUUUAACAAAGAGACAAUUCCAGCAUCUCUUCAAUGACUUUUCUGCUCCUAACCUGUGGCAUUGGUAUAUUUAUUUAGGCAAGUUCCCUUUUCAUUUCUUUUAUAGUUUGUACCAAAAAAAGCAUUUGUGUUAAAACAAGUAAGAGUUUAUUUAUUUAGUUUGUUUGUAUUUGUGGAAACUGUAUUUAGUGUUUUAAUUAACUUUUAGUCAUGUCAGUCUACCAGUCUACAUUUAUGUGACUCUUCUUUUUUAACUGACAUGAAAUCCUGCUUUUAUCUUCAGCGUUGUUGUUUUGGUUUUUCCUCUGUAACACAAAAACAGUUGUCUUGUUAUCGCCAUUUUUUAAAGACUUAAGGUCAAUAAAGUUGUUGUUCAUCUGUCUCGACCUUGA